CACUCCUUUCAAACCAAUCCAGCUUUCUCCACAAUUCUCGCUCAUCUCCAUAUAACUCCCCUUCAUAGUUUCAUUUGAAUUGAAACUCUGAUCAAAACAUUCACACCUACGAAGAAGAAUGAUGAAUGCUUUGGCUUUAUUUCUUGUAUUCACGUCACUUGUACGGGCGGGUGUUUUAACUCCCACCCCUGAAAACCACAACUCCAAAGAUGAUGUUGCUGUGAAGCAAGGGCACACAAACACUGGAGAUGGACUCGUCAUUGAGUUUGAAAAAGAUGAUGGAAACACCAAGGUUUCUAUUUCACCCAAAGAUUCUCACCCUCCCCAUGAUGGAGUUGAUACUGCAAAUCUUGAGGAGAAAUUAUAUGGCAAAAUGGAGGAAGCCAAGGAGAAAAUAAAAGAGGCAGCCUCUACUGUUCUUAGCCAAGAUGGAGAAGAAACUCAUCAAAGACUUAGGCCCAGAGAACUCAUAUGCGAUGCAUAUGGCAAGUGUAAACAUAAAAUUGCGAGUGCUAUGGGAAAAGCAAAAGAGGUGGUGGUGGAGACGGCGCACGAGGCGGCCGAGAAGGUUUAUGCCAUGGAGGAAGAGACAAAGGAGGCUGUGGGUGAGGCAGUUGGCAAGGUUAAAGAUACGGUUACUGAUAAAGCCCAUCAAGUGAAGGAUGCUGCGACUGAAGUUUCAAGCAAAGCAAAGGACAAGGCUGUGGAGAAAGCUAGUGAAAUGAAACAAGGAGCUGAAGAAGGAGUGUAUGAUGUGAUUGACACCACGACAAAGGCGAAAGAUAAAGCAUUUAAGAAAAUGGAGGGAGCUAAAGAAAAGGCAAAAGAAGCACAAGAAUUGGUGGGAAGUGCCUCAGAUAGGGCGAAGAAACAAGGGCACAAGGGAUUGAAGGGAAUUUUCCAGCGUGGUGGCGGAGUUUUGGGGUACAUAGGCUUACCGGUGAGGAUGGAUUCCGUGGCAGGUGUGUUGCAUUUGCUGGGAUUUGCUGCGGCCUAUGGGAUGGGUUUGUGGGUUACCUUCGCUUCUAAUUAUGUUCUGGCUGGGUCACUGCCCAGGUACCAGUUUGCGAUGGUGCAGAGCAAGAUAUAUCCCGUGUAUUUCAAGGCCAUGGCUUAUAGUGUUGGGACGGCGUUGCUGGGACAUUUGAUGAGUCAGAGGAUCAAACUUUCACCACUUAGUAUGGGGAUGCUCCUUGCCGCCUUCAAUCUUAUGGCAUCGCUUCUGAUGACUUUGGUGAAUCUGCUCUACUUGGAGCCUCGCGCAACCAAGGUGAUGUUUGAGAGAAUGAAGAAAGAAAAGGAAGAAGGCAGGGGCAGGGCAAAAGAAGGCCAAGCCACCGGACCAAGCGGCAGAGUCGUGGAAUCCACCACUGAGACGGCAGCAGGCAGAGGUCCAAUUGGUGGUGGUGCAACUACCACCGAGGAAGCUACUCAAGAAAAACUGGAUGAUGCGGUGGCAAAGCCUGAAAUUAGGACGAAAUCGAGUGAAAUCCUGCUUCGGCGGCUUAAUUCUUAUUCGUCUUUGCUCAAUGUUGUAACUCUCAUGUCGCUCACUGGGCACCUGGUUUGCCUAGGCCAGCGCCUGCAUGCCGUCUGUUAAGGAUGGGGUAUGGGAUAUCUUAUGUGGUUUGUGUGCAUAAUGUUGCGAACUUGCUGCGCAUAUUGUACAUUAUGAACGUUCAUUUCUAGUGAGCAAUGGGAUGUGUGAUCAUAAUUCUGCAGA